AUGAGCAACUGGAAAGUGGGAGACACUUCUUUCGAAGAAUUUUUCGACAAUGAACAGAUUUUCAUCAUCCCUCCGGAUAGUCCAAGGGUACCUAAUAUCGAUGUAACUAUUGAUUCGCUCCAGUUAGAUGAUUCCUAUCUAAUAUUGGAAAAUGGUGACUUUAUUAAUCACGAGCCAUCCCUACAGAAACAGAGAGGACGAAGUGGCGGUGAUACGUCUUACACAGAGAGAGGUGAGGGAGUUAUUGCCAUGACUACGACAGGAGCCCAGUAUGCUCUAGCAGCAUCCGCUGGGGCUGCUAAUGGCGGGGGCAAUUCCGCGGUGGGGGUUGAAAGCAAACCGAGUGUCGUCGUUGUUACUACUUCUAAUUCCAAUGGUAGUGGUAGUGCUGCCCAGUCACAAUCCGGUCGAGGUCAACAGUUAAUCACAGUAGUUACUAGCGGUGAUCCUUCAAGCCCAAAUAGUUUACAACCCAUUCAGCUGCUGGUUCAAGAUUCUUUGGAUGCAACUGCUGAUUCGUCAAAUGGAUCGUCAGGCACACAAGCUCACGUAACAGCACAAGUAGUUGUUAAUACAACGCAUUCUGGUCAGCACACGCUUGUGGAUUCUGAUUCUGCAUCGACAUCGGCUGGUACAAUUGUCAGUAGCUCGCCGCAUUAUAUCACUGUUACAGUGCCGGGAGACGCUGACGCCGUGGGUUCCGAAUCGGUUACUCAUCCUACUUAUGUUCAAUAUGUGGAGGGCGAUGGAUCCACGUACAUACCGGCUAAUGGACAGAUGACAUAUCCCGUGUAUGCAGUUGGAGAGGCGGGAACAAUGUACACUCCCGCCUCCAACCAAUAUUACACUUCAACUUCCACACCAGUAACCUAUGCACAAGUCACUGGCUCAAGCACAACGACAGGGCAACUUUUGUCGCAGGGCACUGGAACGUACUUGAUCCAGCAGAGUGUCGUAGACGGAGAUCCCACAACGCACGCUUUAAUAUCGGCAGCGGCUGCCGCUCGCACCAGUCCACAAACCGAAAGUGCCGAUGCUGUUGUUAGCGGGGGUGGAGGGGCAUACUUGAUCAGCGGUAACUCGACGAGUGCUCCUGUCAGCGUGGAAGAUGCGGCUACCGCCGCGGCGAAUAUGACGCAUGCCACUCGGGUCUCCCAGGCCACCGUGCAAUGGUUAUUGGAAAAUUACGAGACAGCUGAUGGAGUUUCGCUUCCGAGAUCAACAUUAUACAAUCAUUACCUCCGCCACUGUUCCGAUAAUAAAUUAGAUCCUGUAAAUGCAGCUAGUUUUGGAAAACUCAUUAGAUCUGUAUUUUUGGGCUUACGCACACGACGACUUGGAACUCGGGGUAACUCAAAGUAUCAUUAUUAUGGAAUCCGAGUAAAACCGAGCUCGCCUCUAGUGAUGCUUAACGAGGACGGCACGUCGCGUCAACAGACGACUUCCAAUUCCCAGACGAACAAGCGAAUAAAGUUCGUAAACCAGAAACAGUCGGAGACGUCGUAUGAGACGAGUUCUCAGCCGAACAACACGAGCAUCACCUCGAACGCGUCACCACCUCAAUAUCAUCAGUACCUGGGCGAGGCGAGUUGCGCCAUACCUGAGUUUCCGGAGAUCAUUGUCGGUCACGGCUCUAGUCUACCCGAAGAUUGUACCCUCGAGGAUAUAGACACCUUCCGUAGUAUAUACAGAGAACACUGCGAGGCCUUCCUCGACGCUGUCCUUAACUUUGAGUUCGCGACCGUCGAGAGCCUCUGGCGCGAAUUCUGGCGUAGCCAAGAUAAUAACAACGGUGACGAGUGCGAAGAGGAGAAGUAUUUGUCUAAAACAAAACUUUAUCAAAUGUGUAAGUGUAUCGAAGUACAAGAUUUUAUCAGAAGAGUCGAUUAUACAUUUUAUCAGAAUCUUGUCGAAGUACUAAUGCCCGACGUUCUAAGACCUAUACCAAGUCCUCUAACACAAUCCAUUAGAAAUUUUGCAAAAGGCUUAGAAUCCUGGUUAACUUCAGCUAUGAACGACUGCCCUGAAGAGAUGAUGCACAUUAAAUUGACGGCUGUAUCAGCAUUCGCCCAAACCUUGAGAAGAUACACGUCCUUAAAUCACUUGGCUCAAGCAGCUCGAGCCGUACUUCAAAACAACAGUCAGAUUAACCAAAUGUUGGCGGAUUUAAAUCGAGUCGAUUUUCAUAAUGUACAGGAGCAGGCUUCUUGGGUUUGCCAAUGCGAUUAUGCAGUUGUGCAACGUUUGGAAGCAGAUUUCAAAGUAACUUUACAGCAGCAGAAUUCAUUGGAACAAUGGGCUGUGUGGCUGAAAGGAGUCGUGACACAAGUACUUCAGCCUUAUGAAGGCAAACCUACUUUUGCCAAAGCAGCAAGACAGUUCCUGCUUAAGUGGUCUUUUUACAGCUCAAUGGUUAUAAGGGAUUUGACUUUAAGAAGUGCCGCUAGUUUUGGAUCUUUUCAUCUCAUUCGCCUACUUUACGAUGAGUAUAUGUUCUAUUUAAUUGAACAUCAGGUUGCUAUCUCCACGGGUACAACGCCAAUUGCGGUAAUGGGAGACAAAAGCCAAAACUGCUCUAUGAUUAAUAUUUUUGGAUCGAACGGGGAUGUGUCAAGCAUUUGUCCAACAAAACGAGUGAAAUUGAGUUAACCAUGUACCUGGACCCAGUAGAGCUUGAUUCAAAAAUCAGUAGGUGAUAAAGAGCAUUUGUUAAACACAGUGUAUUUCUAGCACGAAAGAAGCAGGCCUACUAACACAAGCUAGUCUCACAAAUUGUAAUUUUUUAUGGAAAUAAGCGACAACACAGUAACACCGAAACUUCUAUAUAUUGCUCAAAGACUUGCUAUCCGUGAAAGCUGCUUAAUCAAUUUAUGUGAUAUAAGGAGUAAGAGUACACAUAGUGCAAAGCCUUACGUGUGUUAAAAACGCACAUCAACAUAUUUUUUUUGUUAAUUGAAUGAAAGUUACUAUACCUUUUCGAAUUGAAUGAUUUUAAUGACUGGGACCAUGAAUGAAUCAUGUUCUCUUUUGAACAAUCACGUUCAAAUUAAAGUCCAUCCUAAUAACUGUC